UAUUAUUUUGAAAUAAUUGUCAAAAAUUCAUAUUUUGUUGUCGGUCCUGUCCCAAUUUUGUUUUGUUUUCAUAAAUGUGCAGUUAAAGAGACACAGAAACAGAGCUAUGGAUCGUUCCAACAUCCGGGAAUCAAAAAGCUUCGAGGAAAAUGAGGCAAACAUGCACACCAUGAAAACAAUCCACAGCUUGGAUGAAAUGUACAAAACCUAUGUACCUCCAACAGCAGCAGCAAAAAAUGAAAAACCUGCGCCCCCAUCAAUAUUGAAAAACCCAAGCACCGAGAAAACCAAAAGUCCAAAUUGUAUUAGGCCAGUGGCUCGGAAUCUAGCACCGUUCCUCUGUGCGACUCCCCUGCAGACCUAUCAAAUCUGUGGGCCAAGAGUUCAAUUUUCUUGCAUUCCCAUUGUAGGCGGACGUCGACACCAUAAUGUGCUCACCAAUCCUGUCCGGAUUGCAUCUGGACAAAUUAACAGGAGGAGUGGAAAUUGUUCAUCGUUUGAUAGCACCUUAAAUGGAGGCUCUCCCAGCUAUGCCAUACAAACAAACAAUGUUACCUUCGCCGAGCCACAAAUGUACAAUGAAUCGUUCUACUCCCAGAGUCCAUACUAUGGCGAUCAAAACUUUUCCGGCUACUCAACUGGAUUCAACUAUCCCGGACUUCCGGACCAGUGUCAACAGCCGUAUCCUUCCGAUCAAAGAUUUGACUAUCAGCAGACAUCCGUUGGCCCCGAUUCCCGAGACUGUCCGACGAGGUACAACAUCUUCAACGAUAACUACUACAGAUACACAUCUCAGGAGGAGAUUAAAAGCGUAUGCUCCAGUAAAUCCGUUUGCAGCCAGGGAGAUAAUCAACUGGUCAGCGAUAAUUGGGCAGGAUUAUCAAGUGAUGGUUUUGGACAGGCUGCUGCCAACGGUUUGCGUCUAACUUCUUUUUGCACCGCGAAAAAGACACCACUAACUGGAUUACUCAACGAUACUCGCCCAUGUCCUUUCAAUGGCGCAUCACAUCAAAUGGACUGCAGGACUUGCUCACCGAAGCCAAGCUGCGGCAGUUUAAAACGAAAACAUCUCAAGGUUCGUAUUGCAGGUGAUACCUGUUCCAAGAGCUCUUCUCAUGGGUCACUCCGAAGCACAUGCUCAGGGACUUCCGGUUGCAGUGACCUGAAGCCAUCGUGUUCAUCCGAUCGGGGAUUCAUUAUGCCAGAACCAGACUGUCACAUGACUUGUGAUGAACCCGAAAAUGAUUGCUGUGAUUCGGGACCUUCGUGCUGCCAGCCACAACUGACUUGUCCACCGAUGAUCUGCUGGAACGGCUGCGGCAAUGGAUGCAACACCAAUCAAUGUGAUAACAAUAACAAUGGCUGCACGAACAAUAGUUGCGUGAACAACAGUUGCAUGGACAAUUGUUGCAUGAACACAUACUGCAUGAACGGUUGCUUCUUGAACGAUGCACUCCAGGAUUGCACCGUCUACCGGAGGGACUACAAGCCAGUCAUGACUGUGUGCAACCAUUUGUAUCAACAUUAUGGCGGCUGCUGUUGGCAGGACUUGCCACUGGGCGGCGGAUGCGGGCCCUGCGGCGGUUGCUCCUCCUGUGGCGGAUAUGGUCCCUUAUCGAAUUUACCACACUGCUUGCCAUUUCCGGUUGAUGGCAACCGUUAUAUACCUCCAUCCGCCACCAUGGAUACCUGUAGCCGUCCAUUUUGCGAUCACUAUGCGGAGGAUCCUAAUACCUGCAAUUCUGGCAUGCAGGGAGGUCCCCCCUGCGCUGGAAACUCCAGCCUCCUUGGAUCUUGCUCAUUGGAGGGCUCAAAUACGCCAUGUUGCGAAACAAUGGAUUGCAUGCCACAACCCACAACCUGUGGCAGUAUUUGCAUACCACCACCUUGUGGCAGUAUUUGCAUACCACCACCUUGUGACAGUAUUUGCAUACCACCACCUUGUGGCAGUAUUUAAGGAAAAGCACUGACGCAAGGAUUGUGAUUUUACCAAUCUGAACAAAAAAAUUCAAGAAGUCAUUAGUACCGAAUUGAAAAAAAUAUAAUUUUGGAAUAUUUUGAUAUGCAACCUACAAAUAUAUACCGAAGGAGCAACGGCUAACCAUUAA